GCUUAGUGUAACUGUUGCAAAAUGCAGUCCUUUAAUGUAACUAUUUAUUUAAUGGCAGGUUUGGAAUGAAGGUGUCUUACUGUUUUCAAACGAGUCCUCUAGAGGGGGAUCUUGAUGCUUUUAUAAACUAAAAUGUUGGUCAUACUGUUUCAGUUAAGCACCUUGAUCAUUUGAGAGGAAUUGGAUACAUAUUUUAUAUAUAGAAAUAUAUACAAUAAUAUAUAUGUAUGCCUUAAUAGGAACGUGUUUUCUGGAUGUUGCUUGUAAGUGUUACAGAAUGCAGACCAUAGCCUGUGGUUAAUUCUUUAGGUUAAUGGAAGCAUACUUGUUUUAGUUUGAAAAGUUAAAUGAGGAAUUCUUACAAGUUCCAGUGUACUACUGCAGCAGUAUUCGUAGGACUCUCAUUUGUGGCAUCAGUUCUGCAAAUGCUUUUGUAGAUGCUGACGUUCAGGCAGCAUUGCAUUCUCAUUAUAAUCAAGGAGCUUUUGAGGAUAGCCUCUUGUCUGAAAGCAAAGUGUUGUAGGCUAAAUAGUUGUAGCAUGAUGAGCAGUAACGUCUAAAUAAGAAAACAAAGCAGAGAUAGUGUGUCACUUCAUUAAUCUUAGCAAUUGGAAGAUAACACUACUUUUUGAUUGUAAAGACUAGAGUUUUGAAGAUUACUUUUUGUGGAAAUGUCAGUUGUUUGAAUGCAAUUAAAUCUAUACUCCAUGUGCACCACUGAAAUUUUUGGGAAUAGGUUUUUUGGGAUUGUUACAAUGUUAAAUUAUUCAGCUUGUUGUAUAUGUGGUCUCAGUGUGGGAAUUCUUUUCAUAGAAGCUUUGGAAAAAGUUUGUUCCACAGUAAGCGGAGAUAUUCAUGCUUUUACUCUCUAUCAUCAUUUGGAGGAUUCCAGCACGAGAUUUCUGGAGUCUGCUGUAUCCAGCCAUAAUGAGUUCCUCACUGGUUGCUUAUGAUGAUUCAGACCCUGAGGCAGAAACUGAAAAAGCUGAUGAUCUCAGUACUAGCAGACAAGCAAGCCUUCCGAGUUCUUCUGCAAAUCCUGUUCAGCACUUUGCACCUGGUAUUUUGAGUACAAAAUCUACAUAUGAAACGCAGCUUACUGAGAACACUGGCAAUUUUGACAUGAGCGUUGUUUGUGAAGAUCCCCCUGAGCAUUAUGCACUGAAUAAUAACAGUGAUUUGACAUCUUACUGUAGGAGAGCGUCCUCUAGUCCUACUGCAUUAUGUAUGUCCUACAAAAACUAUGAGCAGACAUUGAGCUCUUCAAGAAACUCUGGAAAUGGUGCUUCCCAGAAGAGAACACAUGAAGAUAGUCCAACUGCCCCAAAAGGAAUCAGACCGUAUAUCCCUAAAAGGUUACGUCAAGAAAAUUCCAGUGCCUGUGAAAAAAAGGAGUCUGAUCAAAGCGAGAGCACCAGUUGUGAUGUGAAGCUAGAUAUAUCAGGAGAGCAGACAGUGAGAAAGAUAUCUGAAUUAAUUAAGCCAUAUUUAGGAUCCAGGUAUAAAUUAACUGAAGUUCCAAAAAGCUUAAUAUUUCAUAUGUCUAAACACAGCGGCCCUGUUAAUGCAAUCCAGUGGUGUACUGUACGAGAACAAAGUCAUAUGCUUCUCUCAGCUUCUAUGGAUAAAACAAUAAAGGUAUGGGAUGCUGUGGACACAGGUGGUUGUUUGAGGACGUUUUCCUGUCAUUCCUGUGCUGUCCGAGCUGCCCAGUGGUCAUCUUGUGGAAGAAGGAUCCUCAGUGGCGGCUUUGAUUCCAUGCUGCACCUAACAGAUGUGGAGACAGGGAGGCAAAUCAUCAGCAGUAAAAAUGAAUUUAGAAUCAGCACACUGAAGUUCCACCCUACAGAUUCGAAUGUUUUCAUUUGUGGAGGAUUCAGUCCAGAAGUUAAAGCAUGGGAUAUAAGGAUUUGUAAGGUGACAAGAGUGUACAAAGCUGCAGUACAACAGACUUUGGAUAUACUCUUUCUUCCUGAAGGAAAAGAAUUUCUUACAAGCACAGAUGCAGUAAGCCGAGACUCAGCUGAUCGUACCAUCAUUGCAUGGGACUUCCAAAGUGCUGCAAAAAUUUCCAAUCAGAUUUUUCAUGAGCGUUACACUUGUCCAAGUCUGGCUCUGCACCCAAGAGAGUCUACAUUUGUUGCUCAGACAAAUGGGAACUAUAUGGCGUUGUUUUCCUCCCAGCGACCUUACCGAAUCAACAAAAAGAAGAGAUAUGAAGGGCAUAAGGUGGAAGGAUUUGCAGUGGGCUGUGAAUUUUCUCCGGAUGGAACACUUUUGGUGACAGGAAGUUCAGAUGGCAAAGUGUUUUUUUACAACUACCAUACUUCUAGGAUUGUUCGUACUUUGUCGGCACAUAGAGAAGCUUGUGUGAGUGCAGUAUUUCACCCAGUAUUGCCAUCACUCCUUGCGACUUCUGAUUGGGCUGGAGAAAUCAAGAUCUGGCAAUAACAAGCAAAAUAACUUUUCAUCCAUCAAAGAGCUUGAUAUUUCAGAGGGAAUAAACCAUGAUAUGCAAUGUGAUAUUUGUUGUGAUGUGUUGUAGGCAGCAGAGACUGUUAUCUUUUCUUCUUGGACCACUAGACAUAUGCUUUCAUAAUGCAGUUAAGAGGAUUCUGUGAUUAGCUGCUGAGCAAAUAAGUGUUCUCUCCCUCUCCCUCUCUCUUUCUCUCAUUGGGCCCUGAUGACGAAUUUCUGCCCUUUCUGUGCCAAUAUUCUGGUAUUUAUCUAGUCCAACCCUGGUGUGAGAAUCUAGACUUGAAGAGAAUUAUUGCCCUUCUUAUGUAGCUUUUAUUUUAGCUUUCUUAAACCAGACUGUCACUGGCUUAGCUCCUUGCCCUGGUCACUCGUGCUGGUCAAGCAAUGCUAGAUUUCCUUGUUGAUAUACAGUUCAAGGCAAAACAGCAUCUUACAUGCAAGAGAGGGAAGAUCACAAGACAGAUGGGACUGACUUUUCUGGAAACAGGCAGAUAUUACCAGCCCAACUUCCUGUAAAAUGCUCUCUCAGUUUUAAGGGAAAAACUUGGAGCUAAUUAUGAAGUCUCUAAGUCUGUGCUCCUGGGAUUCCUAUGUUUAAGACUGAGUUUUGAACUGAAUUUUUAUAACUGUAUGUUAUUGAAACAAAACUAUAUGUAAGUAUAAAACUUUUUUUAAUACAAGGUGUCUGUACUUCAUUGUUUUACUCCUGUUAAUGUUCACAAAGCUGUACUCAAAAUUGCCAUGAAAUUGAUUCUGUGUGUGGGGAGUGGGAUAAUUAAUAUGCCACCUAGAUUUAUUGCAAAUGCAAUGCAUUUCUCCAUACCUCUUAAUGUCCUUUACAGGUAGAAAAUUCUCUGUGCCAUUCUGUGAAGGGGAUGUUCUUUGACAUUCAGAUUGUAGCUGGACCAUUGUGAGGCAAAUAGAGAAUCUUUUCAGCCAUAA